AUGACGGUGGGCGUUUCGAAUGGUGAUGAUGACGUGGUGUCGUUCCUCCAGCACGCGGGCGAGCGCUACAAGGAGCACAAGGAACUACUGCGCCGCAAACACCUGGAGGAUGAACGGAAGAAGUGUCCAUUUAAGCCGACCGUAUCGGGGUACGCGGAGCAGGUGAGCCGGCAGUCCAACACUCGGCGAAGUGAGGCCAUUACAAAACGUCUGCACGAGUUGCAUGCCAAACGUCUUCAGACUGUAGAGGCGCAGCGGGUGAAGAGCCGGAAACGUCAGGAAGAGGAGAUGGCGGCGGAGAUGCGUGCGCCACAAGUGACGGAGCGGGCGCGAUCCCUUGUCUCGCGAGACCCGGUGGACGUCUCCCGUAAGUGGCUGGAAAAGCGGGAGGAGAAAUUUGCUCGAUUGCGUGAAGAGGCGUUGCGGCGUGACUUGGCGGCUCUGCGCGAGGUGCCACGCAUCUCGCAAUACGCCCAAGAAAAGUCCAUCGUCGAGCGUCAUUUGGGACAACGUAUAGAAGACUAUUUCAUGGCGAAGGAGGAAGCAAGGCGGGAGCGCAUGUAUUGGUUGGCAGAAAAGAGUGUGGGCAUGAACAGUAGCUUUAGUAGUUCCUCCUUCUCUUCUCAUGUUGGUGAUCUGCCAAUGCAGAACGAACUGCCACAGCCCCCUUUUACGCCGCGCAUUACGGAGUACGCCAAGCAACUACGUCGAUCCGGAAAUGUAGUGGACCGUUUGCUGGCGGACGGGCGAAAGGGCAGAAGAACGCCGCAGGACACAUCAUGUACAUUUGCGCCGCGAGUGGCUCCAGCAUCGCUAGAGAUGUCCAGGGGUUAUUACAGCGAUCCGAACACCCUGGUGUAUGAGCGCUUGUAUCGUAAUGACGCCUCGAAACUGCGUGAGAUGCGGCGUAAGCGGAUGGAAAUGGAUUCGAAAAAUGAUCGGACAGGUAUUCCCCGCAUUAGUGAGACGUCUCGUCUUGUCGUGGAGCGUAAGAGGUCAGAAGCGAUGGAACAGGCCCGACAAAAGAGCCCGACACAACGCCUUCAUUCCUCCUCGCGCGAUGUACACGCGGACGCCAGAGAAAAGCAACGUCUCAUGGAGGCUAGGGAGAGGAAGGAGAAGGAGAACUGCACAUUUAAACCGCGUCUUAACGCCGCUUCCAAAAAGAUGUGGCGUCAUCAAUUGCAGUUGCUGCAGGGCGAUAGCGACGCGCGGACAGCGGCGGCUGCGAGGGAACUCUUGUGGAAACGCUCUCAAAAACGCAUGGAUGAGGAGAUCCGACGACGUCGUGCAAUGGUGGAGGCGAGGGAAAUGGCGGAGUGUACGUUUCACCCCAAAGUGGGACGCGCCCCGGAGCGCCAGGUGGACCGCGAACUCUCUGUGUCAGAUCGCAACGAGAUGUGGCAGCUUCAACGGGCUCAGCGCCUGCGUCAGGCCAGGAUGGAGUUGGAACGCACGCAGUUGUCCGAGUGUUCCUUUCACCCCACAGUGGAUCCCGUGUUUCCGCUGCCGGCACACAAUGCAUCGGCCGUUUCCGGGUACGAAGCCCACAUUUUACGCCAGGAAGAGUCGCGUCGGCGCAAGCAGGAGGCGCAGGACUGGUGGCGACCAAAGGUGGUGCCUCCAGGCGAGCAUGGCGCCUCGCGUCACACUUUGAGCGUGGCUUCAGAGCCUCGAUCUUCACAUCAACGGCAACAGCGGAACUUGCGACGUGAGGGACAGUCCCGUGCUUUGUUUUCACCGAGAAGCCGUGAUGAUUCCUCAGCUGAUAUGGAUGGUACACAGUUUGUGGUGUAUCAAGCCCCAUCAUGCGCCAGUUCGGUCUCGCCACGCUCCGUGGCAUCGGCGUCACCUCCGUCAUACAAGCACCAUCAUCAUCAUCAUCAUCAUCAUUGUAAUUAUCAUGGGGAUUUUCUCCACAGUAGCGACAAUGGCAUUGCUGCCGCAGUGCAAAGUGUCAAGCCAAGUCCUGUAGACUUUAUGAUCAACCAUCACCGUGCGAUUUUAGACUCGUCACGACGACGUUGA